GUGGGGUGGCAGUUGAAAAAUUUGGUGAAUGCACUACGAGAGGAUCCGAGUGGUGUUAUCUUAACUUUGAAAAAGCGACCUCAGAGCAUGCUUACCUCAGCACCAGCUUUACUGAAAAAUAUGAGAUGGAAGCCCCUUGCUCUGCAGCCACUUGUAUCUAGAAGUCCUACAAGCAGUGUUGCAACACCAUCCAGUACUGUCAGCACACCUACUAAAAGAGACAGCUCAGCCCUCCAGGACCUCUACAUACCACCACCUCCAGCAGAGCCUUAUAUUCCCAGAGAUGAGAAGGGAAACCUUCCAUGUGAUGAUAUUGGAAGACACCUAGUGGGAAAGCCAGUACAUAAAGGAUCUGAAUCUCCAAAUUCAUUUCUUGACCAAGAAUAUCGAAAGCGUUUUAAUGUUGUUGAAGAAGAUGCCAUUUUGUAUUGUUAUGAAUAUGAAAAAGGAAGAACAAGUAGUUCUGGAAGAAGAGAAAGCACACCAACAUAUGGGAAGCUAAGGCCUAUAUCUAUGCCCGUAGAAUAUAACUGGGUAGGGGAUUAUGAAGAACCUAGUAAAACAAAAAGAGAUAGUAGGAGAGAAAAUUCACUUCUUCGAUAUAUGAGUAAUGAGAAAAUAGCUCAAGAAGAUUACAUGUUCCAAAGAAACAGCAAAAAGGACACAGGGAAAAAAUCUAAAAAGAAAGGAGACAAGAGCAACAGUCCUAGUCAUUAUUCUCUGCUACCUAGUUUACAAAUGGAAUCAUUAAGGCAAGACAGCAUGAGCACACCAGGGCCUGAAACAACUUUGUAUCAUACAUUUCAACAGUCCUCUCUUCAGCAUAAGUCUAAAAAGAAGAACAAAGGUCUAGCACCAAGUAAGAGUAAGCGACGGAUUUCUUGUAAAGAUCUAGGUCGUGGAGACUGUGAAGGCUGGCUAUGGAAAAAGAAAGAUGCUAAAAGUUACUUUUCACAAAAAUGGAAAAAAUACUGGUUUGUUCUGAAGGAAACUUCCCUGUAUUGGUAUAUCAAUGAGGAGGAUGAAAAAGCAGAGGGAUUCAUCAGUCUACCAGAAUUUAAAAUUGACAGAGCUAAUGAAUGUCGCAAGAAGUAUGCAUUCAAGGCCUGCCAUCCUAAAAUCAAAAGCUUUUACUUUGCUGCUGAACAUCAAGAUGACUUGAACAGGUGGUUGAACAGAAUUAAUAUGCUUGCUGCUGGGUAUGCAGAAAGGGAAAGGAUCAAACAAGAACAAGGGACGCAGAAUUAUUGGAGUGAAAGUGAUAAGGAAGAAGUAGACACACCUUCAACACCUAAGCAAGACAGUCCACCUCCACCAUAUGACACAUAUCCACGACCUCCUUCAAUGAGUUGUGCAAGUCCUUUUGUGGAACCAAAGCACAGCCGACUAUCAUCUACUGAAACUUCCCAGUCCCAGUCUUCACAUGAAGAGUUCCGUCAGGAGCCAGUAGGGAGUACUACUGAAUCUCCCAUCCGCAAAACAGCAAGUCAGCGACGGUCUUGGCAGGAUUUGAUAGAAACACCACUGACAAGCUCAGGGUUACACUACCUUCAGACUCUGCCACUUGAGGAUUCAGUGUUUUCUGACUCUGCUGUUCUCUCUCCAGAACACAGGCGGCAAUCAACUCUUCCUACUCAGAAAUGCCAUCUGCAGGAUCACUAUGGCCCGUUUCCUUUAGAGGGUGAACGAAUACAAGUGUUAAAUGGGAAUGGGGGAAAGCCCCGCAGUUACACUCUGCCACGGGACAGUGGGUUCAACCAUUGCUGCCAUACACUUUCUGUCAGUGCUUCAAGCCAUCAAGAAGAAGUGCCGCAAAAAGAGCAAGAAGAAGAGGAGCAAGGAGGAAAAAUUGCACAAGAAAAUCAAGUAGAUGAAACUGAAAUCUUAGAAGAAAAACCUGCAGAUUCACUGCAAGAUUUAUACCGAUCCUUGGAACUAGCUAGUUUGUCCCCUCUAGGAGAUCGGCAAAUUUCUACCAAAAUGGAAUACAAGAAAUCUUUUAUUAAAAGAUGUUGUGACCCAGUAAUCAAUGAAAAAUUGCACCAGUUGCGAAUUCUGAAAAGCACUUUAAAGGCCAGAGAAGAAGAAGUAGCUAUGAUAGAUAAAGUUCUAGAUAAUCCAGAUUUGACAUCUAAAGACUUUCAAGACUGGAAACAAAUGUACCUUGAUCUCUUCCUCGAUAGUUCUCAGAACAAUGCAGCAGAGGAUCCGGUAAAUGACUCUGAUGACGUUGAUGUGCUUCUAGACUCUUUAGCACAUACCCAUUCCUAUAUUGAAACACAUGUAUAA